AUGGCCAAGGUAGGAAGCACUGCCAUGUUCAAGGGCCUUCCCAGUUCCAGGACAUGGAAACAGGCGGCGAGGCUAAACCAGAUCGCCGGAACGCCUCAAACAGCUUACAAAUUCGAUCCAAAGUACACAAAAAUCGAACUUUUGCUCAUCCAGAAAAACGUCUUUGCACCGGCUUUUGGACUUCGUCGGUUUUGGAGACAGAAUCUCCCCACUCUCAAAUUCCACAACGACGACGUAGACUUCGUACUCACCAGAAUAGCCACCAAAACCAAGGAGGACUUGGCCAAGUGUCCCACAAAGAUAAUACUUCAUCAUGCCGAUGGCUCGGUUCAAGAGCUUGAUUGCAGCAACAAGCACUCAAACAAAAUUCUCAAGGAGCUUGUAGCGCUCUCGGAGGCAAAGGCAGUGCCCAAGGAAGAGAUCCCCGUCGUGAAACAUGCCGGUGAGGAAUUGUAA